AUGGGGGUCAUCAUUCCCGCCAUUUUGAUCGUUUCUACGACGCUUCUCACUUGGCUUCUCUUCAAACAUCUUCUUAUGCGCAAUCGGCUUAAAGUACAUACAAAGUCAAACCAAAUGAACUCAUUAUUUCAUUUUUAGGAUCUAAACCAACCGAGGUCGUACCCGAUUGUCGGACAUGGCCUCAUCACCAAGCCGGACCCCGAAGGAUACAUGAAUCAAGUGAUAGGAAUGGGAUAUUUGUAUCCGAACCCCCGAAUGUGCCUUCUUUGGAUUGGUCCUUUUCCGUGUCUGAUGCUCUAUUCCGCGGAGUUGGUUGAAGUCAUUCUUUCUUCGAGCAAGCAUCUCGACAAAGGAUUCGCCUACAAAUUACUGGAACCAUGGCUCGGUCAGAGCAUUCUGACAAGCCGCAAAGAUCAGUGGCGUCCCAAGAGAAAGCUGCUGACGCCGACAUUCCAUUACGACAUUCUCAAGAAUUUUCUGCCGAUAUUCAAUGAACAAUCGAAAAUUCUCAUAAACAAAAUGAAUUCGUAUGGCCAAGAGUGAGUGUUUGAAUCUUACUGAAAUUUAAAUGAAACGAGGUUUCCAGAGAUCACAUUGAUAUUCUGACAGUCAUUUCGCUGUGCACUCUCGACAUUAUUUGCGAAACUUCCAUGGGAAAGUCAAUCGGAGCACAACUUGAAGAGGUUCGAUAAAUCGGUUUAUCUUCUGAAAAAUUCAUUCGUUUUCAGAACAAUGAAUACGUCUGGGCUGUGCACACUAUCAACGAGCUGAUACAGAGAAGAACGAACAAUCCGCUCAUUUGGAAUCGUUUUUUGUACAACUGGUAUUUCUAGAUAACGAGUUAAAAGCACUUUAACCGUGUUCAUUUAGGACCGAAGAAGGACAGACCCACGAGAAGUGUCUGAGAAUUUUGCAUACUUUCACUAAAAAGGUAUAUUAUCUCCCCAGAGAAGUGAGAAAUUCAUAAAUUUAGGUGAUUGCUGAACGGAAACAAGCUUUGGAAGAGUCCGGAUUCAAAGUGGAAGGACGUCUCGCAUUCCUCGAUCUUCUGCUCGACAUGGUAAAGAGCGGACAAAUGGACGAUGACGACGUGCAGGCAGAAGUCGACACAUUCAUGUUCGAAGGCCACGACACCACCUCUUCGGGGCUCACGUGGGCUCUUCAUCUUCUCGGAAACCAUCCCCUUAUCCAGAAGAGAGUACAGGCGGAGCUUGAUGAAGUGAUGGGGGACGAAGAAGACGUGACUACUGAGCACCUUUCUCGUCUCAAGUACCUCGAAUGCGUGCUCAAGGAAUCGCUGAGAAUCCGUCCGUCUGUGCCGAUCAUCAUGAGAGAGCUCAGUUCGGACCAAGUGAUCGGAGGAGUUACCAUCCCGAAAGGAGUGACUCUGCUUCUCAAUCAGUUCCUCGUUCACAGAGAUCCGACACAGUGGAAGGAUCCGGAAGUUUUCGAUCCGGAUCGAUUUCUUCCUGAGAAUUCCACCGGCCGCAAACCAUUCGCCUUCAUCCCAUUCUCUGCGGGAAGUCGUAACUGCAUCGGGCAAAGAUUCGCGCUUCUCGAGGAGAAAGUCAUAAUGUCGCACAUUCUGAAACACUUUGACGUAACUGCCAUCGAACCGAUGCACGAGGUACUAGUUAAACAGUUGCCCAAUGAGCAUUAUGAACGUUUUUAAGAUUCGUCCGAAAAUGGAAAUCAUCAUGCGCCCAGUGUCCCCAAUUCACAUCAAAAUCAGCAGACGCCAGCCGACUGUUUCUCCUUGA